AUGGACAUGAUGUCCAAGCAGCUGGAUUUCUUGAAUAGUAAGUUCGGCAGUAUAGAAACAGAGCCAACCGGGCUCGGAAGUGAAGAGGUGAAUUACAUGCACCAAGGAGGCAACAAUCGAAAUUUCAACAACAACUACCGCCAUAAUCAAGGGGGUGGUAACUUCAACAACUUUGGGAAUAAGGCACAUCCCAAUUUGUCUUAUGGGAAUCCUCACAAUGCCCUGCAACCACCUCCGGGGUUUCAAGUGUCGAAUGGACAAGUCGUUGAGCCGAAGAAGAAUGAGCUUGGAGAUGUUUUGAUGACGUUUAUGAAGCAGACAUGGGAAAUUAUGGCCAAUUCUGAUAAGAGACUGAAGCAAGUAGAGACAGAUGUGCAAAGCUUGGGCAUUCACAUGAAGAGCAUCGAUACUCAGAUGAGCCAGAUUUCACAGGCUGUGGGUAUUCAACAUCAACCGGACCAGUUUUCCUCAUAUACCAUUGUCAAUCCCAAGGACUGCAAAGCCAUUAAUCUGAGGAAUGGAAAAAGCUAUGAAGGUCCAACCAUACCUGCAGAGAAGGAGAAGAUCUCACAAAAAGAGGUGGUCGUAGAAGAUGUAGUGGAAGAAGAGGAAGAGCCAGUGGAGGAAGUACCGCCUCCCAAGGCAAACACUAAGAAGAAGCUAGAUGAUCAAUUUUCUAGAUUUCUUGACAUUUUCAGAAAGGUACACAUCAACAUUCCGUUGGUAGAGGCGUUGCAGCAAAUGCCUAGCUACGCCAAAUUUCUGAAAGAUGUUAUCUCUAAGAAGAGGAGAUGGGUGGAGCACGAGACCGUCAACUUGACGGAAAGCUGUAGUGCCAUUAUCCAGAAGAAAUUGUCCGCUAAGAUGAAAGAUCCUGGAAGCUUCACUAUAUCGUGCAUAGUGGGGGAUAGCCAAGUGGGCAAGGAACUGUGUGACUUGGGAGCGAGCAUUAAUCUUAUGCCGUUCUCGUUCUUUCAAAAGCUGAAGAUUGGGACACUGAGGCCCACCACCAUCACACUCCAGAUGGCCGACCGAUCUGUGUCGUAUCCGAGGGGGAUUGUUAAAGAUAUACUCGUCAAAGUCAAUGACUUCUUCUUCCCUGUGGACUUUGUGGUGCUUGAUAUGGAGGAAGACCGGAAUGUUCCUCUUAUACUGGGAAGACCUUUCCUAGCUACAGGGAAGACAAUGAUCGAUGUGCAGAAGAGAGAGCUCACACUCCGACUUAAUGAUGAGAGCGUCAUUUUCCAUCUAUAA